AUGGUGUUCGACUGCACCCCACGCCCGGACGCGUACACCUACGGGGUCAUGCUCCGGUGUCUAGUCCAAACGGAGCGCCACGCAGAAGCUGUCGCGCUGCAUCAGGACAUGCGGCGGCGGCGCCCCUGCCCCGAGGCGCAGGACGACUUCGUGCUGUCGCUCGCGCUCAAGGCCUGCGUCAGGUCCGCGGAGUACGGGUACGGUAGGAGGCUGCACUGCGACGCCGUCAAAGCCGGCGGCGCGGACGGCUUCGUGUUGAACAGCUUGGUUGACAUGUACGCAAAAGCCGGGGACUUGGAGUGCGCCCGGAAGGUGUUCGAGAGAAUUCCCGGACGAAAUGUGGUGUCGUGGACCUCAAUGCUCAGCGGGUGCGUCCAGAAUGGUUUUGCUGCAGAUGGACUCCUUCUGUUCAACAAGAUGAGGCAGGACAAUGUGCCUCCCAGUGAGUACACCAUAGCAACCGUUAUCACAGCUUGUUCUGCACUCAUUGGUCUGCACCAAGGGAGGUGGAUGCAUGGAUCAGUGAUCAAACGAGGCUUAAUGUCUAACUCAUUUAUCAGUGCAGCCUUGCUGGAUAUGUAUGUCAAGUGUGGGGAGCUAGAGGAUGCUCAGUCUGUGUUUGAUGAGCUCAGCUACAUUGACCUUGUUCUUUGGACGACGAUGAUUGUGGGGUACACACAGAACGGGAACCCUCUUGAUGCAUUACGGCUGUUUCUUGACCAAAAGUUUGCAAACAUUGUUCCAAAUUCAGUUACCACAGCAACCGUUCUUUCAGCUUCUGCUCAAUUACGUGACUUGUCUCUAGGAAGGUGUAUUCAUGGGAUAGCUGUUAAGUUAGGUCUGGUUGAGUACACUGUGGUGGUGAAUGCGUUAGUUGACAUGUACGCGAAGUGUCAAGCUGUGUCAGAGGCCAAUUGCAUAUUUGGAAGAAUUUCAAACAAGGAUGUUGUUGCGUGGAAUUCAAUGUUAUCAGGUUAUGCUGAGAAUAACAUGUGCAAUGAUGCUCUGAUGCUCUUCAAACAAAUGAGUCUGAAGGGCCCUUCACCCGACGCCAUCUCCGUGGUGAAUGCCCUAUCAGCUUCUGUUUGUCUGGGUGAUCUACUUAUUGGUAAAUCCUUCCAUGGUUAUGCUGUUAAACAUGCAUUUCUGUCCAAUAUUUAUGUCAGCACUGCUCUGCUGAAUCUGUACAACAAGUGUGGCGAUCUCCCAUCUGCUCGUAGGGUGUUCGAUGAGAUGAAUGACCGUAAUUCUGUGACUUGGUGUGCUAUGAUUGGUGGUUAUGGAAUGCAAGGCGAUUCUGCAGGUUCCAUUGAUCUUUUCGGUGAAAUGCUGAAAGAUGGUGUCCACCCAAAUGAUGUAGCAUUCACAAGCAUCUUAUCCACUUGCAGCCAUACUGGGAUGGUUACUGCAGCGAAGAGGUAUUUUGAUAGCAUGGCACAACAUUUCAACAUCAUACCUUCCAUGAAACAUUAUGCUUGUAUGGUCGAUGUGCUAGCCCGUGCAGGAAAUCUAGAGGAGGCAUUGAAGUUUAUAGAUAAUAUGCCAAUGCAAGCAGACACUAGUGUCUGGGGAGCUUUUCUCCAUGGAUGCGAGCUUCAUUCAAGGUUACAGUUUGGAGAAGAAGCUAUCAAGAGGAUGAUGGUGCUUCAUCCUGAAAGACCAGAUUUAUAUGUGCUGAUAUCAAACCUGUAUACCUCGAAUGGAAUGUGGGACAAAUCUCUAGCUAUCCGGAGAUGGAUGCAUGAAAAAGGACUAGUCAAGUUACCUGGGUGCAGCUCCGUUGGUCGUGAAAAUGGAUGA